AUGGUAACGUUAGGCGGACAUAAAGAUGUUGUGGUUGGUUUGAAAUGGUGUACCUGGAACGCUAAUCAAGUCGUAUCCGCUUCUUGGGAUCAUAGCAUUGGUCUGUGGGAUCUGCAGCUGGCUGGAGAAGUCUCACGGAUACGUGGCACCAAAGCUUUCACAAGUAUAGAUGUCAAUAAGAAAUCUGGGCUUGUCAUCAGCAGUAAUACGGACGCUGUACCGAGGCUUUAUGAUCUUAGGAGUCAUGAUGGAUCGGUAGUGAAACAGUCAUUUAUCGGGCACACGGGUUGGGUGACAUGUGUGAAGUGGAAUCCGAAUGACGAAUCAUGCUUUGUCAGCUCAUCAUUUGAUAAAUCGCUGAAGUUGUGGGAUAUUAGAUCUUCAAAAACUUCAUUGUUCGAUCUCUAUGGCCAUGAAGACAGAGUUUUAUGUUGUACAUGGAAAGAUUCCUUAAUUGCAAGUGGAUCAGCUGACAACACUAUAAAAACUGUCUUUACAGUAGCCAAGCCAAACACAGCCAACACUGUCAAGAUGGGGAAGGGUUUUCAAAAUUUCAUGUCCAAAAAGGACUUCCAUCCUAGCGCAUGGUGGAACUUGAAAAGAGUGUGGGAAGUGCGCCAAAAGAAAGCCAUCGAUGACAAAAGGCAAGAAGAUCUCCGUGUUCAGUAUGAGAAGGAGCAGGAAAUGCUGAAUAACAAAGCGUUACUUGGAGAUGAAAAGGCAAAAAUGGGUCUCUCGUUCAUGUAUGAUGCACCGGCAGGAAUGGCUAGAAGGGAAGAGCCGAAGGAAGAACCGAAGUUUGAAUGGCAGCGAAAGUAUCAUGCUCCUCGUGAAGAAUGGGCGAAAGAUAACGAUCAGAUCCAAGAUCAACCCUUUGGUAUCCAGGUUCGCAAUGUGCGAUGCUGCAAAUGUCACAAGUGGGGUCACUUGAAUACCGACAAUGAAUGCCCUUUGUAUGGAAUGAGUGGCAAUUUUGAAGAUGCUGGAUAUGCCAACAAUCCAUCUGAUCUGAUAAAAGAAUUACGUAAAGAACGACAGGAUGUGGGGCCAUCUCGCAUGAAAGAAGAUCGGCGGGAGAAAGGCGAGUUCAUGGAUCGCACCCAGCUGGCAGAAGAAAUGAAAGAAACACAUGGAUUGCGUCUGAAAGGGAACGUUCUGAAUGGCAUCCGAGAAGAUCAAGAUGUGAGCACCUUGAGAGGUGAACCAACUGAAGCUGAGCAGAUGAAGAUGUUCCUUGAAGGUUUGAGUGACAAAGAGAAGAAAAAGCUCAUGAAGUAG